AUGGCCGAUCCCGAUGGCCACCCCACGUCCUCUCCCGACGCGGCCGCCACUGCGGCUGGCGCGGCUGCUCGUGCCGCUCUUCUCCCCGCCGACUCUACCGGCGCUUCGUCCUCAGCCCUCGCCGAUGCGAUUCCCGCGGCAACUGCUGACGCGGUUCGAGCGGUCUUCUCCUCCCUCACCGCUCCUGCGUCGUCUACGUCUUCACCUACAGCGCCCGUGCUCCGCAUGCCAGGCGCCCAGAUCAAUUCUCCCGACGUCGCCCCGGUCGAUCUCGGCGAUGACGCCACCGCUGCCCUCCAUGCGCAGGCCGUGGCUGUGCUUAACAUCAAGACCUUGAUCCCGGUGACUCUGGAUCUCGCCACUUCCAACUAUACGAAGUGGCGUGGUCUUUUUCUUGUCAUCCUCGGCAAGUACGCGUUGGCGGAACAUGUCCUGUCGGACGCCACUCAUCCGAAUCGUCCCGAUUGGGUUCGGAUGGAUUGUGUGGUCCUCGUGUGGCUCUACGGCUCCAUCUCUGCCGAACUUCUCGAGAUCGUGAUGUCGUCUUCCUCGAUCGCACGAAUCGUUUGGCGUGGCCUUGAACAUCAGUUCUUGGGCAACCGUGAGCAGCGCGCCCUCAACCUUUCGGCGGAGUUCCAUUGCUUCCUUCAGGGCGACCUCUCCGUCACGGACUACUGCCGCCGCCUCAAGUCCAUGGCUGACGGUCUCGCUGAUCUCGGCGAGCCCAUCACCGACCGCACCCUCGUCCUCACCUUGCUCAAAGGUUUGAACGAGAAAUUUUGUCAUUUGCAAACUAUUCUACCCAUGCAGAAACCCUUCCCGACAUUCAUCGAGGCGUGCUCGCAACUUCUCCUUGAGGAGAUCACUCGCGGCGUGCGCCCCAACAGUGGCGGCUCUCCCUCGGUGUUCCUGGCCGCUGGCUCUAACGGAGCUGGUCGUGGCGUCGCCCCGGCCCCCACUCCCGCUCACGCCGCCGGCUACGGCCCUGGAGGCACCGGCGGCCCAGCCGGAUCCGGCGGGAACGGCGGCAACAACAACACUGACAGCUGCACCUCGGGUGGUUCCAAGAAUAAUCGCCGGCGCCGCGGGAAUGGUGGCGGCCAGCAAGCCAACUCGGGCACCAAUUCCGCCCCGCAACCUGCUACCUGGCCCAGCCCAUAUAAUCCCUGGGCCGGUACAAUUCAGAUGUGGCCCGGGUCUGUUGGUCGCGGGGUUCUUGGGCCCCGGCCAGGCAACUCUCAACCUGGUCAGUUCGCAGGCGCCGCUCUGGCCUGCCCACCGGGUGGGCUGGGUGGCUUCCUCAGCCUGCCAUCCGUCGCCUCUUCGCCAGCCCAAGGCGGUGGCUUCACCAACACGGCGCACUACUACCCACCUCCAUCGCCGGCACACUGGAGCAGCACCAGCAGCACGACGUCGCCGACCGUGUGGGAUCCACACACUCUUGCGAAUGCCUUCAACACCGUCUCCCUGACGUAG